AUCUACAUAUUUUCUCGUGUCCUCUUUGUGCAUUAUCAGUCUGUCUGCUUCGUUAUUCGUUUCGUUCGCAAUAAUUGUUGGUCGAAAACUUAGGAGCGAUUAUACAGCUUAAACAAAACUUUAACAACCGAUUACUAACUAGUAUAAAGUGCAUUACCUUUCAUCAAGUGUGAAUAAUGAACGGUCUGGCUAACAACAAUGAUGACUCUGUCGAGUGUCCUUUGUGUAUGGAACCGCUUGAGGUCGAUGAUCUAACGUUUUUUCCAUGCACUUGCGGAUAUCAAAUUUGUCGAUUCUGCUGGCACAGAAUUCGUACGGACGAAAACAAACUGUGUCCAGCAUGUCGGAAAGAGUAUCCCGAAAAUCCAGCUGACUUCAAGCCGCUAACGCAGGAAGAAAUGAUCGCGUUCAAGUCGCAGAAGCGGCAAAGGGACCAACAGCGGAAGCAGAAAAUCACGGAGAAUCGCAAACAUUUAGCCAAUGUUCGUGUAGUGCAAAAGAAUUUGGUAUUUGUUGUGGGUCUGCCUCCACGAUUGGCAGACGCGGAUAUACUGAAGAAGCACGAAUACUUUGGAAAGUAUGGAAAGAUUCACAAAGUGGUUAUAAACCCGAGUACAACGUACGCUGGAGUGCAGGGUCCCUCGGCGUCGGCAUAUGUCACUUAUGUGCAUAAUACGGAUGCACUGCGGGCUAUACAGAGUGUCAACAACAUCAUGAUCGAUGGGCGACUAAUCAAGACCAGUUUGGGCACAACCAAGUACUGUAGCCACUUCAUGAAGAACCAGCAGUGUCCCAAAGGCGACUGUAUGUACUUGCAUGAGCUGGGCGACUCAGAGGCCAGUUUCACCAAGGAGGAAAUGCAUCAAGGGAAGCAUCAGGAGUACGAGAAACGAUUGCACGAUCUAUUGAUUGCGACCUCGGGGGCGAAUAGUGUGUCGGGCAUCGGCGGAUCAACAACGAAUGGAACAACUACGACUGCGAGCGCUAGUGGAACAACAAAAGCAAAUGCGGCAACAACAAUGUCAUCGUCGUCAUCAUCUUCAACAUCGUCGGUUUCGAUUGCAAAUACGGCAAGCUCGGCAAAUUCACAACAGAAGGAAGCGUGGCCCAGUUUAUCAGUAUCACCUGUUAACAGCAAGGAGACAUUGGCAAGUGCCUGCAAUGGAAGUGGCGCCAGCAGCGGCAAGAGCAAAAAGGAAAAGUUUCGCAACGAGAAAACCCGUCACGAGAAAAACAAAUCGAAGAGCAAACAGAAUGCAGCAACAUUCACCAAUUCGAAUGCCUCAUCAAACAAGGAGAACUUUAUUCCAGAGUCGCGGGGAAAUUCAAGUGCAAGUGCAUCGGCAUCUUCAUCUGCCUCGACAGCUGCAGCACCUGUUGAAGACGCUGUGUUGCCUGUGGCAACCAAAGCUGAGGAGAACGCACCCCCAAGUAAUCGUGGCAAAACGGAACGCAAUCGGGCCAACAACCGUUCGACUGCGGCCAAGGAGUCUAAGGAUGCAAAGGAGACCAAUCAAACACAAAAUACUAAACAAUUGGAGCAUUCCGAAGAAAGUUCAAACACAAACAAGGACACCAGCAACAGCACGCCCAAAGCUAAUAGUGAGCUAGUAGGUAGCAAAGCGUUUCCAUUGCCCAAGAGAGCAUCACCCAAUGCACAUCGAUCACACAGCUCGAGUAGCGAGGAAAACAGUGAUGAUCACAUAUCCGAGAGCAGUGCGAGCGGCAAGAGUUCACCUGGUGAUUUUAAGGAGUCUCAGUCAAGUAGUUCAAAUGUGGAGGGUCUUACUGAAAUUCCGAUCAACAACAGCAACAAUAACAAUAGCCCCAUUGAAAGCGGUGUGUUUGUAAAUACUGAUGACGCCUUGUCGAGCACCGCAAAUACAGAUAACAUUCAAAUCACUGGCGAUGCCAGUGAGAGCAGUAGGAACACAGAUGAGGCAACGCGAACGCCACAAGAGGAAGCUGAAAUACCCAAUCCUGGUGAAAAUGACUGUGAAAAGGAAGUUACAGAUGCGCUCUCUAAGCUGAACAUGUUCGAUGACAGCAAUAGCUUCUUCUCAUCGUCACCCGCAUUCCAGCAGUCGCUGUUGUUGAAGAACAAAGUCGAAGGGGAUAUGCGACCACCUCAAGUGACAUCCUCCCAUUUGCCUGAUUUGCUUAAUGGCAUUGAUGGUUACCAGAAACCAACCAACACAAACGAAUGGGAGGAGGUCUUUAAGAAUGUUAUGAUUCGCAACAACCGGCAAGUGGACGAGCAAGUGCUGCAUCAACAACACCUGCAACUGCAGCAGCAGCAUCAUCAUCAGCAGGUGCUUCAGCAACAGGAAGAAUUCCUUCGCAUACACGAUCUGCACAAACGCAAUAACAUGGUCAACACUAUGGGAAUGGCUCAUCCAAAUGGCCCACAUCCUGAUUUCCCUAACCAUUUCCAUGGCAACACAGUGGACGGCAGCAGACCGGCACAUGGACCUGUACCACAGCAACAUCUGUUGCAGCAACCUGAUGAGAAUCAGCUGAAUGUAAAUAAUUUGUUUGGCGGCAACAUGUCCAAGUUCUUUGACUUCCACAAAAGUCAACAGCAAUUGCAUCAACAGUACAUUAAUGGGCAUUCGAUGCUAAACAAUGCUGAUUCACAUCGAUUGGCUGUAUUUCUGGAAAAUAGCCGUGUUAAUCCUUCACUCUUCGACAAUGGAAUGUUGAAUCAACAAGCCCAAGUACAAAAGCAGAGAUUAAUGGGAGCCUUUGAUAAAAUUACUCCAAAUCAACAACAAAACACUCAAUCACCACAAAAUAGAUUUUCACAAACCUCCUUGGUGGACGAUGACCUAGGUUUCGAUCCAUUCACUGAAACCCAAAAGGGAUUGGCAGAACUUAUGGAAAACGAGGUCGUUCAACAAAAUGUUAAUAUUGGCAAUGUUGGACCAAAAAUGCCACCACCACCACAACAACAGCAGCAACAACAACAGCAAACACAGGCGCAACAUCACCAGUUACUUGAUAACAUGCAGCGUGCCCGGAUGCCUCCUCCAGGCUUUAACCAUAUGAAUGCCUUAGGAUUUGACGGCGCCGCUCGCGUUCAUUCGAGUAAAAUUCUGCCUUUUAUAAAUAUGCCGGGCAAUGGACUUGGAAACAACAGUGCGCCGUUGGAGCAGCAGCAACAUCCAAUGCAAAUGCCGACUAACUGGAAUCCCCAUUUGGCAGCUACGCUUCAUCAACAGCAACAACAGCAGCAACAACAACAAGGACCGGGAAUUGGCGAUUCUCAUUUGCUUCAGACACAACAUCAACUUGUUCAGGCCGCAGCUGCUGCUGCUGCCGCUGCUGCUGCAAGCAACCACAACAAAGGAUAUAGUAGUAGUGACUGGACGUCCAUGGACCCGGCAAUACUGUCUUUCCGUCAAUUUUCAUCGUUUCCACAUCAAGCUCAAAUGCCACUCCAUCAACAACAGCAAGACCUAUUUCUGCAACAUUUAGCCCAAAAUCAACAGCAGCAGCAGCAACAGCAACAAAACGGUCAAGGGUUCAGCAAUCAAUCUCAACAAAUGCUUCCUGGCAUGAAUAUGCCGAAUAAUUUGAUGAAUGGACAGUCGUCAUCUCAGACACAGGUCAAUGCCAAUGUACAGGGUAUGCUGGAGUUCUUAAAAAACCGUCAAUUUUUUUCAAAUAAUGUCUGAAUAUGAUAGAUUUGUUUACCUGUACUACUUAUUAAAUACUUAUUACAAUACAUGCAUAUAGAAAAAAUCGAAUAUACAAAAUCGAAGAGCAUUGUGUUUUGAAUAAAUAGUAUAA